GGAAGUCAAUCAAGAGGCGCAUAUGGGCUGUGUUAACGCGGAAAGAGCAGUGAAAAUUGCAAUUCGAAAGUGAAGAAGACACAACAGAGCAGCUCUUGUUGGUUCUUCAAUUCAUUGUCUCAACUCUUCCGAUCCAAUCCGAUCCGAUCCAAUGGAAGAGUACCCGGAAGAGUUGCGCACUCCCCCGGUGACCUUAGCGUCCCUCGUGGGUUGCCCGGAGCUCCACCCUCUGAUCUCCACCCACUUCCUAUCGGAGCAGCCUCCCAUCAACACCCUCGCCCUCCCCGAUUUCUCCAAAAUCAGCCUCUUCAACAAGAAAAGAGACCCCGAUUCCACUGCCACGUCACCCUCUCCCGCACUCGGCAUCCUCAAACGCGAUUGGCUCCUCAAACACCGCACCAAACUCCCCUCCGUCCUCGCCGCUCUCUUCCCCUCCCACCACCUCGCGGCCGACCCCGCUCACUGGCUCCAACUCUGUUCCCAUCUCGAUUCCAUCAAGACUGUCAUUCGCGCCAGGAACAUCAAGUUCGCCGUCGUUGUCGUCGUUCAAACCAAUGCAGAUGAGAUCAGCGAAGAUAGAAUGAUUGCCUUGCGGAAGCGAGCCGAAGUAGAUGCCAAACAUGUCGUCGUUUUGAACCCAAACGACACUUCCGAACUCAAACAGACUCUUCACAGGCUCGCCAGUACGAUUUCAGAAUUGGCUGGCGCGUUUUAUAGAGAAGAAGGACGAAGGAUUAAGCAGCGGAUAGAGAAGAAGAAUGUUAGCUCGGUUGAGUUGAUUGUUCGCUACUGCUUCAAAGUUGCUGUAUAUGCAGAAUUCCGAAGUGACUGGACUGAAGCGUUAAAAUUUUACGAGGAGGCCUAUCAUACGCUGCGAGAGAUUGUUGGGGUGACAACAAGGUUGCCAGCAGUACAACGCUUAGUUGAGAUAAAAUCUAUUUCUGAACAGUUGCAUUUUAAAAUAUCAACAUUGUUACUGCACAGUGGGAAGGUUGCAGAAGCAGUGAUGUGGUUUCGCCAGCACAGGAAUGCAUAUAAAAGGCUUGUGGGUGCACCCGAAGGAAUAUUUCUUCACUGGGAGUGGAUGAGUAGGCAGUUUUUGGUAUUUGGUGAAUUGUUGGAGACAAGUUCAAAAAUAAUUCAAGGCAUUUCACCUAUUAUCCUAGCCACUUCAUCCAAACCUUUGACUGAGUGGGAAUAUUAUUCAGCUUAUUACUACCAAUUAGCUGCUCACUACUUGAGUGAGAAGAGAUCAGCACUGGAACUUACAAUCUCAAUGUCAGAAACUUCCAAUGAGAUUGAUAAUGUUGCUGAUUCAGUAGUUCCUUCAGUAUAUGUGGGUCAGUUUGCUCGUUUACUUGAGCAAGGAGAUAAAGUUGAUAUGCUACCUCUCACUGAUGAAGAAUACAUCCGCUAUGCUGUUUCUGAAGGAAAGAGGUUCCAGGAUUCACUUGAAAUUAUUGUUCUUCUUAAAAAAGCUUAUGAAUCCUUUAACAGUAUGAAAAUUCAGAGGAUGAGCUCUUUUUGUGGGUUCCAGAUGGCCAGAGAAUAUUUUGCUGAAGGUGAUAUCAGUAAUGCAAAACAGAUUUUUGAUAGUAUAGCUAGCCUGUACAGAAAAGAGGGAUGGGUAACUUUAUUAUGGGAUGUCUUGGGUUACUUGCGAGAGUGCUCUAGGAAAAAUGGUACUAUUAAAGAUUUUGUGGAGUAUUCCCUUGAAAUGGCUGCUCUGCCAAUAUCUUCUGAUACUGGUGUCCGGAGAGACACUGGUCCAGCUGGUCCUGCAAAUUUACGGCAAAGAGAAAUUGUACACAAUGAGGUUUUUGAGCUUGUCAGUGGAGCUUCAGGAUUGGCAACAAUUGAACAUCCCAGUAAUCUCAAGAUCACAGGAGAUGAAUCACUUCAGCUUGAGGUUGAUCUUGUCAGUCCGCUUAGGUUGGUGAUGCUCGCAUCAGUUUCUUUCCAUGAACAGACAAUCAAACCUGGGGCAUCAACUUUGAUUACAGUAUCACUUCUUUCACACUUACCCCUUACUGUUGAGAUUGAUCGAUUAGAAAUUCAGUUCAACCAAUCUAAAUGUAAUUUCUUCAUUGCAAAUGCCAAAAAACCUCAAUCAGUAGAAGUUAGUAAUGGCAUUCAACAUCAUCGAACAGAGAGAGCACCUUCUCUUUCACUUGAAUCAAACAAAUGGCUAAGGUUGACCUAUGACAUCCAAUCUGAUCAAAGUGGAAAGUUUGAAUGCCUAUCUGUUAUUGCAAAAAUUGGAUCACACUUGACAAUCUGCUGCAGAGCUGACAGCCCUGCAUCACUGGAUAGUUUACCUCUUUGGACAUUGGAGGGUUGUGUACAAACUGUUCCAAUAAAAGAUCCAAUUCUUGUGUUAUCUGGUCAGAAGUCCACCCAAGUUGAAGAACCAGACCCACAGGUAGAUCUGCAUCUUGGUGCCUCUGGUCCUGCGUUAGUGGGAGAAAUUUUCUUGGUACCUGUAACAUUAGUCUCCAGAGGCCAUGAUGUUUACAAAGGUGAAUUGAAGAUCAAUCUUGUGGAUAUUAAAGGGGGUGGCUUAUUUAGUCCAAGAGACUCUGAGCCAUAUGCUACGGAUAGCCAUCAUGUUCAGCUGCUUGGAAUAUCUGGAGCUGAAAGAGAAGAUGAUUCUCAAUUAUAUUCUGACAAAAUAAAGAAAAUACAGCAGUCAUUUGGAUUAAUUUCUGUUCCCAUUCUUAAAAAUGGAGACUCCUGGUCAUGCAAAUUAGAAAUCAAGUGGCAUCGACCUAAACCUAUUAUGCUUUAUGUAUCUUUGGGUUAUACUACAUAUAGUAAUGAAUUAAUUGAACAGACGGUCCAUGUUCACAAGCAUUUGCAAAUUGAAGGGCAGACUGCUAUUGUGCUUAACCAUCAUUAUUUGAUGCCAUUCAGGCGAGACCCUUUGCUACUCUCUAAGAACAAGCAAGCCUCAGAGUCUGAUCAGUCAGAAUCACUGCCCUUGAAUCAAAAAAAUGUGCUCAUUGUUAGUGCGAAGAACUGUACUGAGUUGCCAUUAAGGUUAAAGUCCAUUUCCAUAGAAGUAGAGGAUGAUGCUGAAAAGACAUGCUCUAUUCAACAUGGAGGUGAGGAGCUUUCAAAUCCCUCACUUAUUGUUCCUGGUGAAGAAUUCAAGAAAGUAUUCGCAGUUAGUUCCAGUAUGAACAUUUCCAAGCUCAAACUAGGAACUGUGUGUUUAAGAUGGAGGAGAGACCUUGGGAUUGAAGAACAAUCUGCUUAUACUUCAACAUUGUCUUGGGUUGUGACUAAACAAAAGCUGCCAGAUGUGAACGUGGAGUUACCUCCAUUAAUUGUGAGUUUCGAAUGCCCCCCUUAUGCCAUCGUGGGAGAUCCCUUCACGUAUUAUAUUAGAAUUUCAAAUCAAACACAAUUGCUGCAAGAAGUCAAAUACUCGCUCGCAGAUGCACAGAGUUUUGUAUUAUCUGGAUAUCAUAAUGACACUGUACAUGUUCUUCCAAAAUCUGAGCACAUUCUCAGUUACAAACUUGUUCCACUUGUCUCAGGCAUGCAGCAGUUACCUAAAUUUUCCAUGACUUCAGUGAGAUACUCAGCAGCAUAUCAGCCUUCAAAUUCUUCAAAUUCUGUUUUUGUUUUCCCUUCCAAGCCUCAGUUCAAGGCUUCUGUCUCAACUAACUCUAGGGUAGAGUCAGUUUCUAAUGAAUAUAUCUUGUAAACCGUCAAUUUUCUUAUUCGAUUUUUCCCCUUGUAACCCACCGGCCCCUCCUGCUUGGCGGUGGGUUGAACUAUUUUACAUGGAAAAGUUGCAUACAUGGUCCGUUUUGGUUUCCUUUUUGCUAGUUUAUUAUUGAUUGGGUUAGGGUAGCUCUUCAUUAUUUAAACAUUUUCGACUGUACAAUAUUCUAAUUGAUUUUGCAUUAAAUGUUUUCGGAGUCGGAUUUUGUAACGCACUGUACAAGUAUUUACCCUUAAUUUAUUGCUUUUGCUGCUCCA